CUUCAGUGAAAGUACCACUAAGAGUUUAAAUUUGAGCUACCACUCUUGACAGUAACUGUGUGAGUAAUGCAAACAUGCAUCCUGAGGGAUUUAUGCUUCACAUUACUGGAUGGGAGAUGGCGGGGGUAUUAUGGAUGCUGUUUGUUUUUUGUCCUUUCAUUCUGUCUGAAAGUGGCGAUGAUUAUUUGCCUGAUGGAGAGAUUGUGACCUGUUCAUCAAGUUUGACUCUGAGUCAGACCGAUCUGACGUGUACGCUGAAUAACGAACAUAUUGAGGAGGUCAAAAGAGCAACUCUUUGCGAAAUGAGAGAUAGAAGAAAAUGUACACAUGCUACUCUAGGACCGCAAUGCUUCACCUUUGAGAAUUUGAUCAAAUUGUUGGAAUAUGAGCUCAACGUAAACAUGGGAGAGGAGGAUAUUAAAAAAUCCAUCAACCUGACUCAACUUGUUAAAAUUCCAGUACCUAACAUCAAAAUUGCUGCUUAUAGGGAAGACACAGAGGAAGGUGUCAUAUCAAUUAAACACAAACAUGACUUUGUAAAAAACCCGAUGUUUGAAGUGGAAAUUCUGGGGGGCAAACUUGCAAACAAGUGCUUUACUACUGAAAAUCGGGAUUUUGCUAUUAGCAGGGACAGACUUGGUGGAGAUGGUGUUUACUCUAUCCGUGUUAGAGCAAAACCAACAGGAUUUUUUGACGGCGACUGGAGUGAGUGGAGCUUGAGAUCCAAUUUCACUAUAAAAACCGAAGCAGGAAAUCUUGAACCUCCGAAGGUCACUUACAUCAUUAUCACCAUCUCUGUCAUUCUGGUGUUCAUUAUUGCUUUGGGGGCCUUGCGUUGGAGAACAGAAAUUAAAGGUUACAUCACACCAAACAUCCCACACCCAAAGGCAACCCUCACACAAAUGCACAGAGCAAGGGAGGGCCUUCCUUUCGCUUUCAGUCCUGAGAUAUAUGGUGAUGUCUUCAUACACCGUGUGGAUUACAUAGAUGAAAAGCCAUUUACUGCUGAGGAUGAGCACUGCUAUAGUCAAGAGGUUUCUGCAAGUUCUCGGCCUGCAUCAGUUUGUGAAAAUAACACAAAAGCAGAUGAGAGGCUUCCAAGAGAGCUGUUCCACUUGAAAAUUAGAUUGUUAGAUGAAUUCGAUUUUUCUAAGGAAAUAGAAAGUGGUGGCUCUCAGGCUGUCACAGCCCCACAGUGUGAAUGUAAGGAUGAAGCCUAUGUUACUGUAUCGAGCCUCUUCAAAACACAAUGAGGAGGUGAAGAUAGGCUAGUUAUGCUGCUUGUAUGAUCAAGGUGUAACCAAGAUUAUACUGUAUAUGAUGUUGAGAAUUCAGAAACCUGGAGCCUGUAACAUAUAUUUGAGACAUCUCUCCUGAUUAUUUUGCUGUGUAAUUUAGAAAUAAUGAAUAUACUGUAGCAAUCAUUCUGGGCAAAUAUACUUGUUUUUUUAGACAGAUUUAAAUUACAAUCAAGCAUCAUGCACUGCUCAUGUCCUCAUUGCUGUGGAUGACAUUUUAAUUUUCAUUCAGAAUGUUUCAGGAACACAUGAACUAAGGAUGAACCAUGAUUAAUGAUCAGCAUUUCAAGGAACUUUGCACACUAUUAUGUUAUCAGUGAGUGGAAAAAUGCAAAAACAAAAGUUUCUCACAUUACUAAACCUUGUGCAGAUAGCUAAACAUGGCCAGAAUUGGCCCCCAAUAUGUCUAAAAUAAAUUCACAUGUCACAUCUACUAACAGAAUUCAGAUAACUGAUGCUAGCCUCAAAUAUUUGAGCCAGGCUUUUACCCAUUAACUGUUUUGUCUAUACGCUGAGCAAAGCUGAGGGGUUUCAUGUUCUUUAUAUUGUAUUUUGUUAAUCUCAGGCAGAAUGUACAAAACAAAACUGAUGUACACAAGUACAGUGGCACUUUUUCAGUAGUUUCUCUUUUUUAAAAACGCAAAUGCUCUUACUGUUAAUUUUGUAAUGCAUUAAAUGUAUAUAUAUAUAUAUAUGAACAUUAUAC